UGACGGGCGCGGAGUGGAGGAGGAGAAUCUCAUGCCAGCAUUUCUGUGAGAGGCGCUGCUCCAAAACUCGCUCUCCCUUCUGGGUAAGGAAGGGAAGGGGCUGAAGAUGGCGGUUGCCGCGGCGGCAGCGACCGCCUCAGAACAGCAAAGUUCUAAUGGUCCAAUGAAGAAAUCAAUGCGUGAGAAAGCUGUGGAGCGGAGGAAUAUUAACAAAGAGCACAACAGUAACUUCAAGGCUGGAUAUAUUCCUAUUGAUGAAGAUCGUCUGCACAAAACCGGUUUGCGAGGCAGGAAAGGCAACUUGGCUAUUUUUGUUAUUGUCCUCCUGUUUAUUUUGGCUGUCAUCAAUUUGAUUAUCACGGUUAUGAUCUGGGUUGUGAUUCGUAUUGGGCCCAAUGGCUGUGACAGCAUGGAGUUUCAUGAUAGUGGCUUACUGCGAUUUAAACAAGACUCUGACAUGGGAAUUAUACAUCCAUUGUAUAAGAGCACAGUGGGAGGUCGACGUAAUGAACAUUUGCUGAUUGUUGGAGAGAAUCAGCCAAUUGUAUUUCAGCAAGGGGAAACAAAACUCAGUGUUGACAAGAAUGAAACAUCAAUUACUAGUGAUAUUGGUAUGGAAUUUGUAGACCCACGUACUCAGAACACGUUGUUCAGCACUGACUAUAAUACUCAUGAGUUUCAUUUGCCAAAUGGAGUAAAAAUUUUGAAUGUCCAAAAAGCAUCUACUGAGAGGAUUACCAGCAAUGCUACCAGUGAUCUAAAUAUAAAGGUUGAUGGACGUGCCAUUGUCCGUGGAAAUGAAGGAGUUUUCAUCAUGGGCAAAACCAUUGAGUUUCACAUGAGGGACAAUAUGGAACUGAAAGCAGAUAACAGCAUUGUUCUAAAUGGAAGUGUGAUGGUCAGUACAGCUCGACUGCCAAGUUCUUCUCACAACGAACAAUUUAUCACUGGUGACUGGGAGCGCUACAAGCUCUGCAUGUGCUCUGAUGGGACUCUGUUCCGUGUUCAAGUUAAAAGCCGCAACAUGGGCUGUCAAACGUCAGUUAACCCGUGUGGUAAUACAUAUUAAAGGCAAAAUGGGACACUAUCAAACAAGGAGCAAUUUAUAUUUUAAGUUUUAUCAGUUGUAUGUUUGCAAGGGUCUUUUUUUAAAAUCGCCAAUUUGUAGAAGCCUUAUAUGAAGUAUUUUUUACCCAGGACACUGCAUUUAAUGGAUGAUAUGACUCAUGUUUAAAUCAGACUAUUUAUCCUACAUACUACUGUAUUUCUGUAAGGUACUAAGGCCAUGCUUUAGGAUACUGUAUAACCGAAUUGAGCUUACUGAACUCAUUGCCAAAGGCCUGCUCUAGCAUGGUAUUAAUAUUUUGCUUACGGUACCUCACCUUUGCAAGUACACUUUCCUCAAAUGUUGUAUCAGAACCUUCUUAGCAGACAACAAGAACCUUAUUGUUCUGUCUUUAGGUCCUGAAUGUACUGCGGCAGCUGUCUUCCACAGUUUUGUGUAUAAUUCCAUGUUCUGAUAUCCCAUGGAGAACUGGAUGUGUGAAACUUUUUUAGCCCUUAUGAUUAUGAAGAGAUUCUGCCUUUACAAUAGCAAAUAUAAUAUGCUCAAGGGGCUGGGGGGGCUAACCCUUAAUUCAAGGGACUGAUCUUCCCACCAGCAAAUGCUUCUGCUCCCCAAACUCACUCAAUUUUGACAGUAGCAGCAAAUAUCACCAACAAAGUUGAGAUCACUGUUUAAAAGAGUCUUUAGGUGUUUAAUAUGACAAGUACAUCCUAUUUUUCACACUCCUUAGUUCACUAGAAAAGACAAUAAUGCUGGGAAAAACAGAAGGGAGUUGAAAAAGAGGAAGGCCAAAGAGAUGGAUUGAUUCCAUAAAAGAAGCCACAGACCUGAACUUACAAGAUCUGAACAGGGUGGUUCACGACAGAUGCUAUUGGAGGUCGCUGAUUCAUAGGGUUGCCAUAAGUUGUAAACGACUUGAAGGCACAAAACAACAACGUUCCUUUUGUGAGUUGUCUCUACAAAGGCUUUAUGGGACUGUGGAGGCUCUACAAUGAUAGCUUCAGAAACAAUGAAGAAAAGGUAUCACCAUCAUUUGUGUUGCCCUUUGCUGUCUUCAUAGGUUCUGGAUUUUAUCUUACUAUUGUAGACAAAUUAUUUUUAAGGCUUGCUUUUGGCAGUAGUAACAAUCAGCUUAUUCUCCUGCAAAAUAACAUUCGUGAUACGAUAAUUAACGCUUUUUGUGAUAAACUGCUUUUUAAAAUAGGGAGAUUUUAAAGGCAGUUUAGAGGUUAAGUGGAGAAUUGGUUUUUUAAAACUAAUGUUGGCAGGAUACAAGUGCGAAUGUGAAUCACACACUCUAAAGAAGAUGAAGAUACAUAUGACUGUAUGAACAGUAUUGGAAACUGUGCUGAGAAAUAAAAUUGGAAUAUUAUAUCUCCACUAUGCACUACUGGUGAAAUUAGUACCAAUCAUUUUAUAGCACAUACACAAAAAUACGUAUGAUUAAUGUAGAGCCACAUUCAGUAUAGCACUUCAAUAUGGGCUGGAUAUACUUAUGAAAUAGGGUAUUAAAACUACUAAACCCAAAUUAUGGCAAUUUGUUAACCCAUUAGCUGCUUUUGCUAAAGCAAAUUAAAUGUGUUUGAUAUUUAUUACUUUUUAAUACUUUAAAUUAUUGCUCUUAAUUCUUUAACAUGCUAUUUAUGUAUUAGCCCUUUACAGGGCAUAACAAUACUAAUUUACAUUAUCUCAGGAUUUACAGCAGUGCUAUAACGUACGUGAAGUGUUUUGAACACUUGACAUGUACAGUGGAAGCUUUAAAUAUACAGCCUCAGUCUGUCAAUGCCCUGCAAGGCUGGGGCAAAAAGCAAAACUCUCAAGCAUCUGAAUGGUUCUAUCAAAGUUCACAGCGCAAUUCGUAUGCUAGAGUUCUGUUGCAUUUUAUCAGAGAUGUCCAUGAUGUCCUUGGCUUCUUUCAAUACCUGUAGGCUACUUGUACUAAAAGAAAUAAGAACUGCAAUAAAAUCAUGUGUGAACUUUAGAUACUA